AGCACAGUUAGCGUGUUUGGAUGAUCCAGUGUCCUGCAUGAGUGGAGUUAUCAUGUGAAAGUGUUGACUUUUUCUUCAUUCUCUUACUCUUGGAUGUUUGUAAAAUGUCCGGGCCCCAGGAUCUUUCAGGACUUCCUGAGGAUGUCCACCAGCUUUCAGUGAUUAAAGAAGAGGUUUCUCCUGAGCAGUAUAAGAGGAGCUCCAGUCUGAAACAGGAGGUUAUUGAGCCAAUGCACAUCAAAGAGGAACCAGAGGAACUGUUGAGCUGUCAGGAGGGAGCGCAGCUUCAAGUGUCAGAUGGGGCUGGUAUCGACAUGCUCACGUUUGUUCUUGUCCCUGUAAAGAGUGAAGAUGAGGAAGAGAAACCUCAUUCCUCACAGAUUCAUCAAAAACAGACUGAAUUGGUUGAAACGGGAGUUGAUGGAGAAGACUGUGGAGCACCACAAGCAGCCAGGUAUUUUGACACUGGGAGAGAUUUAAAACCAGAGGCUGAAGUCAAGACUGAAGACUCUCCUGAAGCUGAGACUGAUGACAUUGCUGAUUGGGAGGAGACGAGGGAACAAAAGUCAGGUUUAAACUCAGUGGGAAAGAGCAAAAAUAAGAAAAGAAAGAUGGAUAUGAAUUCAUUUAGCUGCCCAAAGUGUGAUAAAAUAUUUAAUAGAAAGGGUAAUCUCAAAAGACACCUUAUAAGUCACAGUGGAGAGAAACCCUUUAGCUGCUCUGAGUGUGAUAAAAAAUUUAGCCUACAAGGCCUUCUUAAUCAGCAUUUGUUAGUUCACACUGCACAGAAACCCUUCAGCUGCGAUAAGUGUGAUAAAAGAUUUAACAGAAAAGAUCAGCUAAAAAGACAUAUCGCAGUUCACAAUGGAGAGAAACCCUUCAGCUGCCCAAAGUGCGAUAAAAAGUUUAGCCAACAAGGCCAUCUGAAUCAUCAUCAUUUGAGAGUUCACUCGAUGCAGAAACCUUUCAGCUGCCCUACAUGUGAUAAAAAGUUUAGCCAACAGUGUGAUCUGAAUGAGCACAUGUUCGCCCAUGAACUCUUUAGCUGCCCUAAGUGUGAGAAAAAGUUUAGCCAACGACGUUACCUGUCUCAACAUGUGUUAGCAGUUCACACUGCACACAAACUUUUUACCUGUGAUAUGUGUGAUAAAAAGUUUGGCAGAAAAUGUCUUCUGACAAGACACAUGAUAAUGCACACUGGACAGGAACUCUUCAGCUGCGAUAAAUGUGAUAAAAAGUUUAAAAGGAAAUAUCAGCUGUCAAGACAUAUUCUAGUUCACGCUGCACAGAAACAGUUUUGCUGCAAUAAGUGUGAUGAAUCUUUUAGGCGAAAAGAUAAUCUGAGAAGACAUAUGAGAGUUCACGCUGUGCAGAAACCUUUCAGCUGUCCUAAGUGUGAUAAAAAGUUUAGCCAACAAGGCAAGCUGAAUGAACAUAUGUUGUGUCAUACUGUAAUAAAACUCAACUGCACUGAGUGUGAUAAAAGAUUUUUCCGAAAAGACAAUCUGAAAAGGCACAUGAGAAUGCACAAGGCAGACAAAUCCUCUGAAGGAGCAGCUGAAGGCUUUCAUCAAGGAGUUGGGACAAAACACAGGGGAAUCGACUCAACAGAGAAACCCCUCCGCCUUGUGGUAAAAUGUCAUAAAAGUUCGGACAAAAAGUCUUGCCUGACAGCUCAUGAAGUCAAUCACACAGGAGAGAAACUAUUUAGCUGUUCUAAAUGUGAUAAAAUAUUCAAGAGUAAAUCUUAUCUGAUGGUACACAAGGCAACUCACAAAGAGAAACCCUUCAGCUGCUCUCACUGUGAUAAAGGUUUUAACAGAAGGUAUCACCUCAGUAUUCACAUGGCCCAUCACAGAGCCGAAAAACCAUUUCGCUGCAAAGUUUGUGACCAAGUGUUUGCUUGGGAAUAUCAUUUAAGAAGUCACAAGUGUGCUGGCAAUCAGGCUUCAGAGCCUCUUCGAAACCAAACUGAGGUGAAAAGAGAAAAAGAAACAGGAGCUGAUGCAGAGGACUGUGGAGGAUCAGAAGCACACAGGAACUUCGAUCCAGAGAGAGAUUUACAAUUAGAGACUGUGGUCAAGACUGAAGACUCUUCUGAAACGGAUGACAGUGCUGAUUGGGAGGAGACAAGAGGGCACCCUUCACCUUCAAACUCAUUGGACAACAUCAAAAAUAAGAGGACAAAGGUGGUUGAGAAAUCAUUUAGCUGCCCUAAGUGUGAUAAAACAUUUAACAGAAAUGGUAACCUGAAAAGACAUAUGAUAAUUCACACUGGUGAGAACCGCUUCAGCUGUUCUGUAUGUGGAAUGAGAUUUAACUACAAGUAUGCUCUAACACAGCAUAUGAGACACCAUACAGGAGAGAAACGCUAUAUCUGUUCAGAAUGUGGUAAAGGAUUUAACUACAAGUCUUGUCUCACAGCUCAUAUAAACCAUCACACAGGAGAGAAACCAUUUAGCUGCUCUGUGUGUGGUAAGAGUUUUUACCAAAAGAGUAAUCUGACAUCUCAUAUGGUUUAUCAUGCUGGAAAGAAAUCAUUCAGCUGUUCUGUAUGUGGUAAGGGAUUUUACCAUAAGCAUCCUCUGACACAACAUAUGAGACAUCAUACAGGAGAGAAACCUUUUAGCUGCUCUGAGUGUGGCAAGAGAUUUAGGUUCAAGGCUUCUCUCACAGAUCAUAUGAACCACCACGGGGUAAAGAAACUCUUCAGCUGCUCUUACUGUGAUAAAAGAUUUAACAGAACGUAUUAUCUGAAAAUUCACAUGGCACAUCACAGAGGUGAGAAAUUAUUUGCCUGCAAAGUUUGUGACCAAAGGUUUUCUUGGAAUUAUCAGUUAAGAAGUCACAAGUGUGCUGGCAGUCAGGCUUCAGGGCCUCUUCAAAAACAAACUGAGGUGAAAAGAGAAAAAUAAACAGGCCCUGAUGCAGAGGACUGUGGAGGAUCAGAAGCACACAGGAAUUCAGAUCCAGAGAGAUUUACAUCCAGAGACCAAGCCCGAGCCUUGAAGAUUCUUCUAAAUCUGAAACUGCUGACAUUGGUGAUGAUUGGGAGGAGACAAGAGAGCAUCUGCAAUGAUUAAACUUUGAGAACAAUGAAAUUUCUAUUGCUGAUUUGAAACGUUUUUAAAGUGUGAGAUCACUGAGUGUGGUAAUAUGCUGGGGAACUUGACCUAGCCUUGAAGAGACAUAAAAACUUACUUGGAGUGAAACCAUGUGAUAGCUUUACAUCCGGUUCAUCCCCCUGCAGAAUGUAAUCCACUGGUGUCAAACUCAAGGCCCGGGGGCCAAAUUCAGCCUGUGGUGCAGGUAUACCCAGCUCACCAGAUCAUAUGAUAUUUUUAAUAUAACUGGCACACCAGUAUAAAGUCUGCAGA